CCAGCUUCUGGGCGCAGAGGAACACCAGGGAGUGCAUGGCCGGCGCUGCGAGAGAAGGGGAGUGCGGGAGGACAUUGAAAUGGCUCCAGCAGAGACCAAGGCGUUGUACAGGGAGUACAGAGCCCUAAAGCAAGCCAGAAAGCAGCCAGGCCUCGAACCCAAUGCAGGUUGCCCGCCAGCAGCAAAGGAGGCCUCUGCUGUGGAGCAGCCCCCCUCCUCAGGCUGCUGGGGCGCCCACCUCAACCGAGCCCGCACGGCCCCCACGCUGAGCCGCCAGGACCGCAACACGCUGCAGGCAUCAGCACAGUACUUCGGGAUGAAGCUCAAAUCCAACCUGGGAGCAGCCCUGAAGGAGCACCCUGUGACCUUGCGGAAGCCCUGGACGCCCUGGCAGAAGCCGGCUGUGCCCCGGUCGGAGAAGAGCGUGGGGGUCAGCAUUGCAGGGGCCUCCCCGCAGCCCACUGGGACACCUGUGUCAGAGAGCAGCGGGGACUGUGUCAGCAGCUCUGAGCCUGUUGAGCCAGAAGCCCUCCUGCUCCCGCCAACACUCUCGCGGCUGGCCCCUGCCAUCCUCUCCGCAGGGCUGAAUCCGAGCUCCCAAGUGAACAAAUUCCAGCAGCUGAAGCAGACCGUGGCCCAGCGACUGGGCUCCCUGGACCCCGGCUGGCUCGAUCGGUGUCAGGGCAUCCAGGAGAGGCUGAAAGAGGACAGUGCUCACAGCCUUGGGGGCGAAAACAGAGAUCAGCCUCAGCACAGCCCUUUCCCGCACCGAGCCCCUGGGGCUAGCAGCCAGCCCCCGGACAAUGAGAACAUCCCACCUCUUGGAGGCUUCUCGCAGGGGGGUAGAAAGUAUCAGGAACUGCAUGAGCCUUCCCAAGACAUCAGGAGCAGCCGGGGGUCUGGCAUGGAUCACAGCAGGGAAGACGGCUGCAGGGCAGGCACAGAGGAUGAGCAGACCACACAUGACCCCCAGGGGAGUAGCAAGGUGGGCUCUGGCCCUGCUGCCUCUGAAAAGGAGCAGAGCAGUGAAUCAGGUGCUGGGCAGGGAGUAGACAAGGAGGAGGCUGGCACCGACCUGGCAGAGGGGGAAAGAGCCCCUUCUCCACAGGACGUGCCCAGUCGGGCCCGGAAGGUCAGAGCUACCAGCAGGAAGAGGCCGCAGGAUGCAGUGAGCCCUGAUGGCAAAGCUGCAGCCCCAAAGCGCAAGCGGGCCAAGGUGGCAGCCGGGGAUGACCCUGUCCCAGUGAGGAGGAGAGUGCGGGGCUCCAGCCGCAGGCCGGAGCUGAGCACCGACGAGGACGGACAGCCUGUGGAUGCUGGAGCAGAGCAGGGUCGAGACAACGCGGUGCCCACUGAGAACCUGCUGGGGGAGAUCGAAGGGGAGGGCAUUCACCGAACCAGCACCAGAGGCCGUGGCAGCAGGCCACCCACAAGGAAGGGCGGCAACUUCGUGCGCCUGAACCUGAAGAAGAAAUCGUACGUCAAGGGCUAUGCGCUGAAGGGGAACCGUCUGCGCAAGCAGGUGUGGAAGCAGAAGUGGCAGAAGAAAGGAGAAGCAUUUGGCGGAGGCAGCAGGGGAUUGGACAAGAGCGCAGACACCUGCUUCAGAUGCGGCGGGACCGGGCACUGGGCCUCGGAGUGCAGAGGCAGAGGUCCAGCUUCCCUCGCUGCCCCGCCACUGGAGGAGAAUGAGGACCCUAUGGAAGAGGAGGCCCUGUUGCCCACCCUGGAGGAGGUGGCCCGGCUGACCAACACUGCCUACAGCAAGAGCUCAGCAGGGAGCCAGGGGGGAGCCCAGAGCCCUGGGGAAGAGGAGCCCGAGCUGUACGUGCACAGGCCGGUGUACGAGCCACCUGCUCCCCCUGCAGCCAUGGAGCCUCUCUACGGCCUGGGCCCAGAUGGGCAGCUGAGAGAGACCCCCCAAGAGGUGUUCGAAACCCUAGCUGAGUUCGGCUACAGCUCCUUCCGCCCAGGCCAGGAGGUGGCUGUCAUGAGGAUCCUCUCUGGCCUGUCCACGCUAGUUGUCCUGUCCACGGGCAUGGGGAAGUCUCUGUGCUACCAGCUUCCCGCCUACCUGUAUGGCAAGCGGUCUCGGAGCAUCACCUUGGUCAUCUCCCCACUCGUGUCCCUCAUGGAUGACCAGGUCUCGGGGCUUCCUGCAUGCCUGAAGGCUGUGUGCAUUCACUCCAACAUGUCCAAGAGCCAGAGAGAGGCUGCAAUGGAGCGGGUGAAGGCAGGGAAGGUGCACGUCCUCCUACUCUCCCCCGAGGCCCUGGUGGGCGGAGGCGGGGCGGGCUCCACCUGCCUGCCCUCAGCCGACCAGCUGCCCCCUGUGGCGUUCGCCUGCAUUGACGAAGCCCACUGCGUCUCCGAGUGGUCCCACAACUUCCGCCCCUGCUACCUGCGGCUCUGCAAGGUUCUCCGGGAGCGCCUGGGUGUGCGCUGCCUGCUGGGCCUCACCGCCACGGCCACGCUGGCCACAGCACGGGACGUGGCCCAUCACUUGGGCAUCCAGGAGGAGGAGGGGAUUGCCGUGCGCUCGGCCGCUGUGCCCCCAAACCUGCACCUCUCCGUCUCCAUGGACAGGGACAAGGACCAGGCCCUGGUCUCCCUGCUGCAGGGGCAGCCGUUCGCAUGCCUGGACUCAGUGAUUGUGUACUGCACACGCCGCGAGGAGACGGCCCGCGUCGCCACGCUGCUCCGCAUCUGCCUCCAGGGCACGGUGCUGCGCGGGUCCGUGGCCACGGUGGAGCAGGAGGAGGACGGCACGAGGCCGAAGAAGGGCGCGAAGGCCAAGAAUGCUCGGCGGCCGCUGAAGUGGGUGGCCGAUUCCUACCACGGCGGCAUGUCACCCGCCGAGCGCCGCCGUGUCCAGAACAACUUCAUGCGCGGGGAGCUGCGGGUCGUGGUGGCCACGGUGGCCUUCGGCAUGGGGCUGGACAAGCCCGACGUGCGUGGCGUGGUGCACUACAACAUGCCCAAGACCUUUGAGAGCUACGUGCAGGAGAUCGGGCGCGCGGGCCGGGAUGGCCAGCCUGCCCACUGCCACCUCUUCUUGGACCCCGAGGGCAGGGACCUGCAUGAGCUGCGGCGGCACAUCUAUGCCGACACAGUUGAUUUUUUCACUAUCAAGAAACUUGUGCAGAAAGUUUUCCCUCCCUGCAGAUGCCGGGAGCACCGCCAGCAGCAUGACCUCGGCAAGGGCGAGGAGGUGUCCGACGUGGAGAUGCUGGAGCUUGAGAUGCUAGAGCAGCCCCGAGUAUGCUACAGGCACCUGCGCGCCAUCCCCAUCCAGCAGACCGUGGAGUCCCUGGACAUGCGAGAGGAGGCCAUCGAGACCCUGCUGUGCUACCUGGAGCUGCACCCCCAGCGCUGGGUGGAGGUGCUGCACCCCACCCUCUCCUCCUGCCGCCUGCUGUGCUACGGGGGCCCCCAGCAGCUCCGCGCCGUCGCCAGGAGCUGCCCACCCGUGGCCGUGUUCCUGGCCCAGGAGCGCCUGGCAGGGAGGGACCACAUGCAGGCCAGCUCCGUGGAGUUUGACGUGGUGGCGCUGAGCGACUCCAUGGGCUGGGAGGUGGUGCCCGUGAAGCGAGCCCUGCGCCAGCUCCAGUGGAGCCCUACAUUGCAGACAGGCCGUGGCAGGAGCAGGGUCCUGGUGGAGUUCAGUGAGCCAUCCUUCCACCUGCGCUCCCCCGGCGACCUCACGCCCGCAGAGCUGGAUGCCAUGUGUGACUUCCUGCAUCGCCGUGUGAGCGCCCGUGAGGCGGCCGCCCUGCACCAGCUGCAAGCCUGCUUCCGCGCCUUCCAGCGCGUGGCUCUGCAGACCUGGGACCUGCCCUCGCAGCUCGGGGCCGAGGAGAAGAGCGCCCAGCUGAAGGCCUUGCUGAAGGACUACUUUGAGAAGGAGCCUGUGACCCAGGGGGCUGAGCCAGCCUGCAAAGGGGAUGAGGAGGAGGUGGAUGAGGACGACCUCAGUGACACGAAGCUGCAGGACUGGGGAGCCCAGGUCCGCGCAGACAUCCGGCAUUUCCUGUCCAUCCGCCCCGAGGAGAAGUUCUCCGGCCGAGCCAUCGCCAGGAUAUUCCACGGCAUUGGGAGCCCGUGUUACCCCGCGCAGGUCUACGGGCGAGACCGCCGGUUCUGGAGGAGAUACUUGCAUUUCGACUUCCACCGGCUCAUGCGCCUGGCCACCGAGGAGAUCCUGGGCUGGAAGUGAGCCCCAGGGGCUGGGCGCGGGCUGGGCCGUACGGCGUCACCUCCUGGAGCUCUCUGCCCUCUUGUACAGUGUUUAGUUUGGUUUUGUCAGGGAACUAAUAAACCACAGCAGCUUUUUU